GAGGAGGGGGCUUUUUGCGCGCUGGUCGGAGGUGUCUGUCUUCCACACGUCCGCGCUCGUGCAGACGCUCAUGACGCGUCCAGUGGCGGUUUUGAUCGAGAUCAACGUGGAUUCUUAUCACCAUCGGAGAGGGGGAGAGAGAGAGAGAGAGAGAGAGAGAGAGAAAGAGCGAGCGAGCGAACGAGAGAGAGAGAGAGCGAUACUGAACACACAUGGAUGUGCAGACGAACACUGCAAUAAAAAUUUGGAUUAAUUUGACAGCCAGUGCGCGGGAUUUGUGGACAUAAUGGGCAAUACGACACCGAAACCGUUAAUAGAUGCGACUUUGCAACCCCGCGCAGUGGCAAGCAGGCAGUAUUACACUCUGCCCAAUAACGGGACAGGAUUUGAAAGAAGGUCCGCACAUCUAGUUAGCAUCGGUAUGGAGUCGCCCCGCUUUCACCCCCAUGCCAAGGGAAAGAAUAUCAAGCUGGAUGGACAGCUACGUCGCGCCACUCGCAAGAACAGCUUCUGCAAUGGCAUCACCUUCAGCCACAGGCCCAUCCACCUCUAUGAGAAGGUGCGGCUUCGUCUCACCGGCGUGCACAACGGCUGGAGCGGCGCUCUACGCUUUGGUUUCACGAGUCUGGACCCCAGCGAUUUGACCAUAUCUGACAUCCCCAAGUAUGCAUGCCCAGAUUUGGUGACGCGGGCCGGCUACUGGGCCAAGGCACUGCCCGAGAGACUUGCCGUGAAGGACAGCAUGCUGGCGUUCUGGGCCGAUCGCCAUGACAGGGUCUUCUACAGUAUCAACGAUGGCGAGCCAAUCCUCUUUCACUGUGGCCUCAACGUCGGCUGUCCACUCUGGGCCAUCAUCGAUAUCUAUGGCAUUACUCAGGAGGUCACGCUGCUUGAAAGCACAUUUGCUGAGAGCGUUGGCUCGAGCUGCCUGAGCGCAGCUCGCCUGAGUGCCUAUCUGCCCCAAAGCAGCCACGACUCGGCCAAUUACAGCAACAAUCAACUGGAAAACAACCAGGCUGCCGCUGCCAAGAUGGCCAACAUCCAGCUCAAUACGUACACUCAGCUAAUCCCUUGCUACUCUUCCAACGCUUCUUCCACCUUGCCAGCCUCAUCUGCCUCCACCGGAUUCUCCAGGGUGGUCCGCAGCCAUCCCUCCCUGCUUGACAGCAACUUGCACUUUCACCCCAUCCGCGGCUCUGACGUCAUACUGUCUGCAGACCGCUCAGUUGCCUGUAUCCACUUUCUGGACAGCAGUCGAACUAUCGUGUUCAGUGAUCGGCCGCUGCACACGGGAGAGACGUUAUACGUUGAGGUCGGCCAUCUGGGUCUUCCUUACUUCGGGGCGCUUUUGUUCGGUUUGACAUCCUGUGACCCAGCCAGUCUACACGCCGGAGACCUGCCGGCAGACCCAGAGGUUCUGCUGGACCGUAAAGAGUACUGGGUGGUGCAUCGUGGAUUUCCCAUGCCGUGCUCCGGGGAUGUGCUCAGCUUCGGUCUGUUGCCCAACGGAGAGGUGCACCAUGGGGUGAAUGGAGUGGGCCGUGGCAGGCUGCUUUGUGUGGACUCUUCGCAGGUGCUGUGGGCCUUCUUCGCGUUGCAUGGGGCUGUCAACAGACUCAGGAUACUUGGAACGCUGCAGCCCAGUCCUCCUUCCACAUCCCCAGGCAAUUCCCAGAGCAGUAGUCCAGAAGACAGUGAUUCAGAUCUGGCCUUCAGCGUUAACAGAUCCUCCUCUGCGUCUGAAUCCUCUUUAGUGACGGCUCCCAGCUCCCCUCUGAGCCCCCCCGUCUCUCGCUGCCUGGCUGGCUCAGAGUGGCCCUCCUGCGAAAAGAACGGGGAGUGCACCAUUUGCUUCGACCAAGAAGUGGACACGGUCAUCUACACGUGCGGCCACAUGUGCCUGUGCAACGACUGCGGACUGAAGCUCAAGAGGCAGAUCAACGCCUGCUGCCCGAUUUGCAGGAGGCCCAUCAAAGAUGUGAUCAAAACAUAUCGGCCGUGAAGACGCGUUGCCUUGUCUCCUUUUCUCGGGCAUUGGCCAUUAGCGGACGGACAUUUGUGCCUGUGGGACUUUCUAUGCUAAUCAUCUCUGGAACGCCAACAAAGGCUUCGCUCUCUGAUUAUCAUUUUAUCAAAUAGACUGCAUACAGUAUAUGAGCGCCUUUAAUUUUGGUAAAGAACGUCGCGACAAAUGAUGUGCCGCUCUUCUUUAAUCAUCAUCAAGUCGAAGGUUGUUGUUGUAAACCUUUUUAUGCUUCAGCUGGAAAAUGUGGCUAACUUUCAGUGCCUUAGAUUAUUAAUUGGUCUCAUUUUAAAUGAUUAACUGACAAUCAAGGCCAUAUAUUUUUUUUGUGUACAAUAAAGUUGGUGAUUGAGAAAUAGAGCUUAAGCAAUAAAAGGAGCGAGAACGUGAACAGCAAAUAAAAUCAUGUGUACGGAGAGGUUGUUGUGAAUGAAAAGUCUGGUUUUACACGUUGAGACAAAUAAAAGAGAGUUAAUAGUGGUCAA